GCCACCUGUCACAAUUCAUCAACCAGCCCGUGGACACCAUGCAGUCGAAUGUGCGGCCUUGGAAUAUCAACUCGUUUUACCACAACAACAGCAGGCUGUAAUCAAUUAAGCAAUUUGCGAUUAUGUGAAAAUCGCAAAUGCGAAAUACAACAACAACAUCCAGACAAUAUUCAGACACAAGAAGAAAUAAAAACUAAAGAAAAGCUAAAAAAUUUAAUGAAAACAAAACAUAAAUUACGAAACAGACAGCAAAGACAUCAUGAUAUCAAACAUCAACAACAACAGAAGCAUCAAAUGCAACAGGAGCAGGGGCAUACCGAAACAGAACAUGAACACAGAAUAAGAAAGGGCCAUGAAUGCCGCAGUAUACAGCGUUUGGGACCGGCUCGUAUACGCCUGGGACAGUGUGUCUCAAAAAAACUAUAUCGUCCAAAAAUAUGUGGACGUUGUCAUCAAACUACAAAAUGUUGUGUGCCUUCAGUAUCAACCACAAUACAGGUGGAAUUACUUUGUCCUCUUAAUGCCAUGGAUCCAAUUAGUUUUGUACAACAACAACUAAUGACUGGACAACAACAACAGCAACAAGGUCAACUUUACAAAACACUUAAAGCAUCAAUAUCAACAGACUCAACAACAUCAACAUUGACAUCAUUAUGGGAUACUCAUUCGCUGGAUGCCAUCGAUCAGGAAUAUUUACAAUCGCAUCAAAUACAAAUUGCAAAUAAAUUUAUUGCAGUCGAAUGGAUUUUAAAAUGUGAAUGUACAAAAAAUGAUAAUUGUCAACGGAUUGUUAACACAACAACAACAACAACAGAAAAAGACAGCAACAACCACAAAUAUCAUGACUAUGAUGACAAUGAAAAUGUUGACACUGACAACCGUAGUGGCAACAAAAAUAUGCAAAAUAUCAACUAUUUUAAGCUUAAUCAUAAAAACAACUACAAUAACAAUAAGAAAAACUCAAUGUACCAUGAGAAGGACUAUAAACAACAUAGAGCAGGAGUAGGAGCAGCAACUUCACGCAUUGAUAAAACACCAGACGACAAUAAUAAGGUUGAUGAGCAGGAUGAUGAAAAUGAGAGUGUGUAUAAGCCUGAGCAUGAUGAGGAUGGUGCUGACGAUGAUGCGAAUAAUGACAGCGACAUUAACAUUAACAACAGCUACAGUAAUAGCAACAGAUACAUUCACAGCUACAACCACAAAAAACAAACAAUAACAAAAGAUUAUGCUGAAAAUAACAACAACAAUAUGGUAAACAAGAAAACCAGAAAUAAUAACAACAAAAACAAACAGAAUUUUCAAAAUGAGAAUGAAGAGGAAAUACAACCCGAAGACAUGGAGGAUGAAGAGGAUGAAUGGUCAACCUCAUUGUCAUCCUCAUUAUUAACAGCAGCAGCAGCAUCAUCAUCGUCCUCAUCAUCUAGUAGCGGUGGUGGGGCUAUAACAUCGGAUGAAAUACAACCAGAUAUAAUACCAUAUCCGCCACCACCAUUUUCCGCAAAUAAGCACACAGGCAGUGGCAACCACAACAGCAACAAAAACAACAAUACCAACAAUGGCAACAACAAAAAUAAUAACAAUAACAGUAAUAAUAAUGAUAAACAUAAAAAUACACAUACAAACUGGCUAAAAGAGAAAUUCAAACUGGAACACAGUAAACAAAAACAACAUCAACACAAACAACUACAGCAGCAGCAACAACAACAACAAUACUACGAACACUGGUUACUACAACAAUACAAUAACAAGCCAUAUCAAACAGAAAGUCUGGCAACAUAGCAGCAUCAACACUAUCAGCAGCAACAACAACAAAAAGAACAAAAACAAAUUAAGCAUAAACAAAAACAAUACCACGACCAUCAUAACCACCACCACCAGCAACAGCACCAACAUCAUCAGCUUCGGCAACAAUAAAAGGAACAACAACAACAACUAAAAUGGUCACAAAAUUACCAUAAACAUGCAGUUGAUAGUUUUUAGUCGAAUAAGCUCUAAAACAACAACAACAGCAACAAAAAGUAACCGAAGAGUAAACUUGUAGAUAAAAUAACAAAUGGCUUAAAAUGUCAGAUGUUUCUAUUUA